AUGAAGCAGCAGCAGCAGCAGCAGCAGCAGCAAGAGGCGCAGCAAAGUCGAGACUCCGAAGAGAAGCAGCGGCAAAGACUGCAGCAGCAGCAGCAAAAUGAAGUAAUUCUUGCGCGCCAAGGGCUCCAGCAACAACAGCAGCAAGCGCUGCAGCAGCUGCAGCAGCAGCUGCAGCAGCAGAGGCAGCAGGGGCAUCUGCUAGAAAAACGGGAACACCUGCACCAGCAGCAGCAGUGUGGCAUGACCAGCAUAGCUCAGCUGCUGCCUUGCUGCUGCUGCUGCUGCUGCUGCUCUGUUUCCGUUUGCUGGGGGGCCCUUGAGGGGUGGGUCCCUCAGGGGGGCCCCUGCUGCGCUGCAGCAGCAGCAGCAGGAGCUUGGAAUGCAUGCAGAGGCUUCAGGCGGGGGGCCCCUGGUGCAGCUACUACUUCUGACGUGCUGCUGCUGCUGCUGCAGCAGCAGCAGCAGCAAAGAGACCUAGCAGCCGACCGCCUGCUGCAGGCAGUGGGGCUGAGGCCUGCUGCAGCAAUGCGGCAACAGCUCAACACACUGCUGCUGCUGCUGCAGCAGCAACUAGACCAGCUGCUGCUGCAGCACGGCCUGACACAAGCUCAGCAGCAGCAACGCAAACAGCAGCAACAGCACCAACAGCACCAACAGCAGCAGCAGCCUGAGCUGCAGCAGCAGCAGCAGCAUCAAGAGGAACAGCAGCAGGAAGCAGACUAUGAGGAUCCUUCAGAGGGGCCCCCAGACGAGCCGCAGCAAACAAACCCCCCGAGCGAAAUCCCUGGGGCCCCCCAAGGGGCCCCCCAAGGGGCCCCCCAAGGGGCCCCACAGGGGGCCCCACAGGAGAGUUUAGUACUUGAGAACAUUCUGGAAAGAUCCCCAAAUGGAGUUCCGCAAGGACUAUUUUCGGGAGACGACUCGUCUGCUGCAGCAGCAGCAGCAGAUGCUGCUGCUGCUGCUGCUGCUGCUGCUGCUGCUGCUGCUGGGGGCGCAGCAGAGGAAAAGGUUUCUCUGGCUGGAUAUGUUGCUGCUGCUGCAACAGCAGCAGCAAAGAGAUCACGCAGGAGAAGGCUUGAGGCCCUACUGGCCCGAGAGGCCCUUUACAGGGUACUUCACGCAGCACAAAGGGCCCCCCAGGGGGCCCUUCAAGGGGACGCUCAAGGGCCCCCCCAAGGGGCCCCCCAGGGGGCCCCCCAAGAGGCCCUUCAAGGGGCCCCCCAGGGGGCCCCCCAAGGGGCCCCCCAAUCGCCAACAGACGGCCAAAAAGAAUGUCCAAGGACCGCUUCAGAAGUCCCUGUUGAGGGCCCCACAGCUGGAGGCCCCCUGAUAGCUGGGGGCCCCACAUCUGGGGGCCCCAUACAUGGGGGCCCCACAUCUGGAGGCCCCACAUCUGGGGGCCCCAAAGAGGGUGCAGCAGGCGGUGGUGAGGGCCACUUAGGGGGCGAGGGCCUUAGGGUACUGGAGAGGGGGCCCCCAAAAGAUGGGGGCCCCCCAUAUGGCGGGGGGCCCCCCAAUGGCGGGGGCCCCCCAAGUGGGGAGGGGCCCCCAAAUGGCGGGGGGCCCCCAGAUAGGGGGAGGGGCCCAGAUGGGGAGAGCCUUUUGCUGCUAGAUGGUUCCUUAGAGAAAAAGGAAACAGGAGUGCAGCAGCAGCAGCUGCUGCAGCAGCUGCUGCUGCAGCAGCUGCUGCCGAGGUCCCCUUUGGCUGCUUGGGUUACUUCUGCGGCAGCAGCAGCAAGCCCUGCCAAGAGCAGCAGCAAAAGAAGAGGCCGCUCUAGCUCCAGACCUGCUGCUGCAGCUAGGCGCACUCCCGAAUUUCUGCUGCUUCUCACCCCAACACAGCAGCAGCAGCAGCAGCAGCAGCUGCAGCAGCAGCAGCUGCAGCAGCAGCAGCUGCCGCAGCAGCAGCUGCCGCAGCAGCAGCUGCCGCAGCAGCAGCUGCCGCAGCAGCAGCUGCCGCAGCAGCAGCUGAACUGUUGGGCGGACGAGGAGACAAACGGCGAGGAGACAGCAAAGGCGCAGCAAAGUGCAGCAAAAACGGGCAGCACGAGCUCUCCACCCACAGUGCAGCAGCAGCAGCAGCAGCAGCAGCAGCACAGCCACCGAGCAUGUCUGCAGCAACAAGCGCCGCAGGAGGAAGAACAGCAGCUAUGUAAACUUCAGCAGCAGCAGCAAGAGCAGCAGGAGCAGAUGCAGCGACAGGAGCAGCAGAAAUUCGAGCAGCAGCUGCAGCAACAGGUGAAGCAAGAGCUACCGUUGUCACCGCAACAGCAAGAGCAGCAGCAGGAGCAGCAGCAGCAGGAAGAGCAGCAGCAGCAGAAGCAGCGGGGGAGACAACAGCAGUGGCAGCAGCCGCGUCUGUUUUUCUCUCCUGCUGUCGAGACUGCUGCAGCAGAAUGGCUGCAUGCGGUUUGCUGCUGCCGCGGGCUGCAGCAGCAAAGGCCUUCAACAGCAGCACAAGGAAAUGCUGCUGUCCUUAGAGCCAUCAAGCAGCUGGACAUGCGUUGGCUGCAGCAGCAGCAGCGGGAGCAGCGGGAGCAGCAGCAGCAGCAACGGCAGCAGCAGCAAGGGCAGCAGCAGCUGUUGCAAGAGCAGCCAGAGCAGCGGCAGCAGCAGCACGAGCGCCGGCAGCAGCAGCAACAGCAAGAGCAGCAGCACCAGCAACAGCGAGAGCAACAGCAAGAGCAGCAACAGCAGCUAGAGCAGGCGCGACGGCAGCCGGAGGAGCUGCAGCAGCAGCAGCAAGAGCAUCAAGAUGGGCUACAACAGCAGCGGAAACUGCAGCAGCAACAACAGGUCCUGCAGCAGCAGCUGCUCCUGCCGCCUCUAGUGAGCAGCUGCAGCUCAUUAGGCCCCAGCAGUUCUCAGAACGCUGUCAGCAGCAGCAGCAGCAGCAGCAGCAGCAGCAGCAGCCACAGCAGCAGCAAGAACGACAGCAACAAUGGUCACUGUAGAAUUAACAGCUGCACGGAAGGUGGUAGCAUAUGCAACAGCAGCGGCAGCAGCAGCAACAAUGACGGCUGCAAUAGCAGCAGCAGCAGCAGCAGCAGCGCUGCGGGUCUGCUGCCGCUGGAAGUGGGGUAUGUUUUCUGGGGGCCUCCCUCAUCUCCCUUCAAGUGUCUUUACAAAGGUAACGCUGCUGCUGCUGCUGUUGCUGCUGCUGCUGCUGCUGCAGUAGCAGCAAAGAGUCCCGCAGCAGCAGAAGAGCAAGCUGCGGCAAGUUGUGCAGCAGCAGCACUAGCAGCAGCAAUAACGGCGGAAGAAGCAGCAGCAAGUACAGCAGCAGCAGCAAGUGCAGCCACAGAACCAUCAGCAGCAGCAGCACAACCAACGGCAGAAGCAGAAGCACAAACAGCAGCAGCAGACCCAACACUGAGAGACAGUGCAGCAGCAGCAGACACAGGAACAGCAGUGGGCAGCAGCAGCUCUGUCACAACAGCAGCAGGUGCAAGAGCAGCAGCAGACAGCAGCAGCACUGCUGCAGCAGCAGAGACAGAAGCAGCAGCAGCAGGAGGAGGAACAUCAAGAGGAGCAGCAGCAGCAGAACUUAAAACAGCAGCUGCAGCGCCGGAACCGCCAGCGCCAGCUCUAGGAGACGUAGCGGCCCCACUGUCCCCGGUAGCAGCAGCAGCAGCAGCAGCAGAAGCAGCAGCAGCAGCAGCAGCAGCAGAUGAAAUGUGGGAGAUGGUAGUUAAGGUUUUGGGGGCCCCCGGCAGCUGCCUAAUAUACCACGGCCCCAACCACUACGCACUUGUGUUCGCUGCUCGGGAGUACAGGGCAGGCACCUGCUGCUGCUUCUGUUGCUGCUGCUGCUGCAGCAGCAGCAACACCGGCCAGCAGCAACAACAGCGGCAGCGUGAAGAGUGCUUUGACUCCAUUGCCGCUGCCAAACAGGAGGCCACGCCGUUACCUCUACAGAACACUUCCAGCAGCAGCAGCAGCAGCAGCAGCAGCAACAGCGGCAGCAGCAGCAGCAGCAGCAGCAGCAGUUGCUGCUGCAACAGGGAGGCAUCUGUGCAGCGCGAGCUGCUGACAGCUCGCCGGCGGCAGCAGCCGGCGGUUUGGAUUUCUUUUGAACUUCUUUGCCAAGAAAUGGAAAAGACAAAAGGGUAUAGACUGCUCUACGUCACAAACCCUAAACCCUAA